UGGGAGACACAUCAAAAUGUACGAAACGCAAAAGCGAAGCGAUUCACGAAAAAUUUCAUCGAGAAAGAAAGACAAGAUCGAGAGAAUCGUGAGCUGUACGCAAUGAUGCCAUCACCAAAAGGUUCACAGUGGCUGAGCUAUAUUAAGCAUCGAGUAAAGAUGACCAAACAUGGAAUCGAAGCUUACUCGACUGCAAAGUACACUAGACUCGCCUUGGACAAAUACAUUAGGAGCAACAAAGCUAUCGACGGAUUUGUGAACAAGAUCACCAAUAAGGAACCGACUCUGUUAUUCCAUGGCGCUGAUGGCGAAGUACCACCUGAUUGCCCGAUAAGAAUUAAAAAACACGUGCGGUGUCCGGGUGUACGCAAACUGAUGCAGGCAUAUAAGAAGCGACCAUACAUUGUUGUCGUGCCGGUGGACGAAUGGGGAACAUCUCAAACAGACGCAAGAUGUAUGUGCCGAUUCCAAAACCAACCCAAAUCGGCCAAAUUCAAGAUGUGUCGGUGCAUACCCAACGCCAUAACACUGCUGCCAACCAAAAUUGUGUCUAAGUUUGGCAAGACAGAUACAUCUACAUAUCGACAGUUACAACGCACAUUGAACGGAGCAUUUGAAAUAGAAGAGGAGCUAAUGUCAAGAGUAAAACCUUACUACAAAAAAUGGCAAUUAGACCUCGAAUGCACCGUGACUUGGCAUCGUGACGUCGUGGCUGCUAAGAACAUUCUACUGAAAGGACUAUGGACAUUGCUUGGACUUCCAAUACCUGCUGCAAUCAACCGAUAUUGGAAUCAAAUCAACGCCGAUGCCGCCGUCUUCGACGACGAUAACGACGUGGACAUAUCCGAGCCCGAGUUCGAAUAGCAGCCAACUAAUCAUCGCAAUACCAUACAAUAAAAUAAAAUAAAUCAUAAGUAACAUUUGUUACGUAACUGCUAUCCCGAAUAUGUGGGUUAGUUAUGCACAAAAAAAGUCAUUUCCCAUUUGGUUGAGAUGGCUGUGCGGGAGUACAAACAGAGCGUUUUUCCAUUAUAUGGGAAACACCCUAAUGUACACACAAACAAAUAUCCCAGUACGGUUACUCGCACUUGCCGUGUUUGUAGAGUGUCUACCUCUCAAAAUGAGUUACGCGCUCUAU